AUGAUGAAGGGAAGCAAGUCAUACACGGAGUAUUCAUCAUCUUUCUCAACGGAUGAAUUUGGUUAUGAUCAGAACCGCUCAAACUCCUAUAACUUUAAUGGGCCUUGCAUCAACACAGAUCCGGAGAUGAAGAGGAAGAAGAGAGUAGCUUCUUACAAUCUCUUUGCCACGGAAGAAAAGCUCAAGAGUACUCUCAAGAACAGUUUCAAAUGGAUCAAGAACAAGUUCUCAGGGGAUGAUAAUAGUAUCCGGUACAACGUCUAGA